GCAGAAAUGUCAAAUUUGACAUCUGAGUCAAUCUCAAAAUCGUUCGGUGAGAAAACCAUUUCUGGGGGUAAAUAUUAUUCUUCAAGCAACAAUACCCCCAAAAAGAAAAGAAUUAUCGGCAAACACACAGAGAUCAGAAGAGGGCAGAGCUGCCUCAAAGAUUUAAGAAAAGAAGUCCGUCCGUAUAAUGAAACUGUUACGAGGCAUUAGCCAAGACACCGACAUGAAGCAGAGACGGCAGCUUAAGAUCCGUGGUCAUCGUCCUUCGCCUCUCAGUGUCAACAAAGACUCCCACAAGAUUCAGAAGAAACCUCCUCAACGACGAGAGCCGGUGGUUGCCUCGCCCAAGGUCAUACUCACCCCAAUGAAGGAUUUAAGAAGCGUCGUAGUCCACCGACUCACGGGGGUUGACAACUCUGUUUUGGAAUUAGAAUUCAUUUCAGCAGCCUUUGGACCAGCCUCGAGAGAUUACCAAGUCGUAACUAUAUACAGGAAAGGUGACAUAAGCAAUGUUGAUUUCAAUAAGGUCGUCAGGCGACUCACAAGGAAUCAUAAUAACUCUGCCUCUUGGCCUCUAAACAACUCGUGCAAGUAUCUGCAAGAAGCUGUGUUAAGCACACCUGUUGCAUCAGAAUAUGAUGUUGUUUUGAGAUACAGAAGAGGUGGUUGCAUAAGCAACGACAAUUUCGUUGCCCAUCUUCGUGCAGCCUUGUACCGGAGAGGGGUUUCUGUCCGUGAAGACAUGGAUGAUGAAGUGAACGCAGCAGUUCCAGAAUGUAAGGUUUUGAUCAUAUUCUUAACCAGCACAUACCUCCCUUCCAACCUCUUAAACAUUGUUGAACAACAAGGGAAAGAGCCGCCUCGAGUGGUGGUUUAUCCUAUUUUUUAUGGAUUAUCACCAUCUGAUGUGAUCAGUAACAGCAAUAAUUAUGAGAGACUUUUUCACCAAGACGAGGCGAAAAGGUGGCAGGCUGCUUUGGAGGAAAUAACUCAGAUGCAUGGCUACAUACUGACAGAUAAGUCUGAGUCUGAACUUAUAGAUGAGAUUGUCAGAGAUGCUUUGAAGGUGCUGCGUUACAACAAUAAGAAGAAUACGAUUGGGAUGGAUAUGCAGAUAAAGGAGAUCCUGUCACUGCUACGCAUAGAGUCUCCAGAUGUUCGCAUCGUAGGCAUAUGGGGUACUGUUGGAAUAGGAAAAACAGCCAUUGCUGAAGAGAUCUUCCAUAGAAUCUCUGUCCGAUAUGAGACUUGUGUCUUCCUUAAGGACUUUCAUAAAGAAGUCGAGUUAAAAGGGUACUAUGCUGCAAGGGAGGAAUUUUGGUCAAAACUUUUAGAGGUAGAACCUGAUGUCGUACGUACUUCAAACAUUAAAACAAGCUUCUUGAGGAGCAGGCUUCAGCGUAAAAGGGCCCUCGUAGUUCUGGACAAUGUGAAUGAUUUCAGGGAUGUUGAGACCUUUUCAGAGAUGCUUAGCUAUUUUGGUCCAAGAAGCAGAGUAAUCAUAACGUCUAGGAACAGACACGUUUUUGUACUAUGCAAAGUUGGUCAUGUCUAUGAGGUCAAGCCAUUAGAUGUUUCUAAGUCUCUACAACUUCUCAUUCGUGAUACAUUGCAAACUACUUUGUCACACGAGGUUUACAAGACAUUGUCACUAGAGUUGGUCAAAUUCUCAAAUGGAAAUCCUCAGGUUCUUCAGUUCUUAAGCAGAUCUAGAAGAGAAUGGAAAAGUUUAUCACAAGAAAUUCAGAAAUCUUCUGCCAUUUACAUUCCAGGUAUAUUCGAAACAAGCUGUUGUGGGCUUGAUGACAAUGAAAAGAGUAUAUUUUUAGACAUUGCAUGUUUCUUUAAAAGAGCGGAUAAAGACCAUGUUGCAAUGUUGCUUGAUGGGUGUGGUUUCUCUGCACAUAUUGGAUUUAAAAACCUUGUUGACAAAUCACUGUUAACCAUAUCACACAAUAUGGUGGACAUGCUCUGGUUCCUCCAGGCAACAUGUCGAGAAAUGGUUCGCCAAGAAUCAGUUGACAGGCCAGGAGACCGCAGCAGGUUGUUGGAUGCUGGAGAUAUUAGGGAAGUAUUCACAGAGAACACUGGCACAUCAGCUGUUGAGGGGAUUUUCCUGGACAUGUCGCAGUUGAAAUUCGAUGCAAGUCCCUAUGUAUUCGAGAAAAUGUGUAACCUUAGACUGUUAAAGCUUUAUUUUUCCGAAGUGAUAGAGAACCAUGGAGUGUCCUUACCUCAAGGUCUUGAAUACUUGCCGAGCAAGCUAAGGCUUCUGCACUGGGAACACUAUCCUAUGAGCUCUUUGCCGCAAUGUUUUGAUCCAAAGAACUUGGUAGAGCUUAACUUGCCAAAUAGUUGUGUGAAGAAACUUUGGAAAGGCAAAAAGAGUCUGGAAAAGCUUAAAAAGAUGAGACUUAGCUACUCCGACCAGUUAACAAACAUCCCAAGACUUUCAACUGCGCCAAAUCUUGAGCUUCUUGAUCUUGAAGGUUGCAACAGUUUGGUGAGCAUCAGCCACUCUAUCUGUUAUCUUAAAAAGCUUGUUUCUCUAAAUCUGAAGGACUGCUCGAAUCUUGAGAGCCUACCAUCUACGGUUGAGUUAGAGUCUCUUGAGGUUUUGAAUCUUUCUGGCUGCUCAAAACUAGAGACUUUCCCGGAGUUAUCACCAAAUGUGAAAGAACUGUACUUGGGUGGGACUAUGAUACAAGAAAUACCAUCAUCAUCCAUCAAGAACUUGGUACUUCUUGAAAAACUUGACCUGGAAAACAGCAGAAGUCUCGUGAAUCUUCCAACGAGCAUAUGCAAGUUAAAGCAUCUUGAAACACUGAAUCUGUCAGGCUGCACAAGCCUUGAGCGUUUUCCAGACUUGUCUAGAAAAAUGAAAUGCUUGAAGUCUCUGGAUUUAAGCAGAACGGCCAUUAGAGAGCUACCAGCCUCCAUUUCAUAUUUGACUGCUCUUGAAGAGGUAAGAAUUGUGGGAUGCAAGAGCCUCGAAAGAUUGCCUGACAACACGUGGAGCCUAAGAUUCAAGGUUGAAUUUCGCCAGAUUGAUACAGAGAAGUUUUCGAAACUGUGGAAUAGAUUUGGAUGGCUCAAGAAAGUUCAGAUCUCUUAGUUUCUUUUUUCUUUACUUGACACAACAAAGAUUGUUGCUGCUGUAUGUAAACAUGUGAAAUAUAUAUAUAUAUAUAUAUAUAUAUAUAUAUAUGAGCAGAACUAAGGGCUGAAUCCGCCUACGUCUGAUUCUAUUUCUAUAUCUGAAUGUAGAGAGUCUGAUAUUCAUUAUGUGGAUAUCUGGUAAAUGUUUGUUAUUUUACUUGUGUUCUUAGCUUCUAAUACAAUUUAAUGAUGUAGUUCGAAAUUGAUGCUGCUGUGGACUUGUUUGUUGAAU